GUGUAGCCGAACAGUUUGCCAUCGCCGAGGCCAAACUCAGAGCUUGGUCAUCGGUGGAGGGGGAUGAUUCCAACGACGAGUCUUACGACGAAGAUUUCCCCACUUCCGGUGAAACUGCCCAGGCAGCUGACGCGGUAGGGCAGCUCCCCACCAACACCCUCUUGAAAGGUUUCCUGCACAGCAGCCGUCUGUGCCAUCUGAGUUCCCGACAAGGUUCGUGCGAUCCGGAAAGCGACUCCUCUCAGUCCACCGUCUCCCCGGAGACCUUGUGCUCCAGUCUCUGCAGCCUUGACGACAGCUUCCUUCUCAAGGAGUUGGGCUCCCCUUCCGAACUUGCCGCCAAACUGCUAGGCUCCGUGUCCGGCGGGGAGGACAUGCUGAUCUCCAAGUUGCCCACACAGACUGCCGGAGAAUGUGCCUUCCGGAGCCUGGCACAACUGGAGUGCCAGGACUCUAUGUACUCCAUGUCCUUCACCGAGUCCUGCCUCUCGCCCACGGAGGAGGAGGGCCUUCCAUGCAAGGACUACAAAGUCCAUGGGGACAGUUGCCAGGUCCGGAGAAAAGUCUCCGACGUGGCCUCCUCCGGCGUGGUGUCACUUGACGACAACGAAGACGACGAGGUCGAAGAAGAGCCAGAGGUGGAGCCAGAGGUGGAGGAGGAGGAUGCCGAAGAGCCGUGAACCCCCUUCCGUUCCGUGGCAUGCUUCACCUGCCAUUUUGCCCCGCUCCGUGGCACCUUUUCGUCCACCCAGCUCCACGGCCCAUCAGUUGUCUCAGCGGGAUGGUUCCUCCCCCCACCUUUGGAUGAAGGAAGGCAGCAUGGGCAGGAGUGGCGGCUUCGAAAGCUCCCCUCCCAGGCCUUCCUGAGCUCCACCGUGCCAUCCGAUUGCCACCACAAAAGCCUCCGGAGCUGCUUAGUGGCUUCGUGGGUUCUGCCUGCUGCAUUUUCUCUCUCUUUCUCUCGUGGCCUGUUUUGUUUCCUUUGCAUGGGAAUGUCUUUGGGGGCAGGGCGAGGACGCCGAGCAAACUAUCGGAAGAAGGGCAGUGCUGGUGGGAGUCAUCACAACUCGGGGGGCGGGGGGACGACGACUUUGGGCAACAUCGGGCCUAAACCCAAUCGUGGUGCCCCGGGAACCAGAGUUGCCCUCGUUCGCUGCUCCAGGUGGCAUGGCUAACGCUCUUUCAAGCCGAAAAUCAUUUCGAACUCGACGGACUUUCGAGAUCACCUGUAUGCCCCCUUUCCCAUCCUGCCUCCUGUGGUUUGUGGCAAAGAGCUGAAACAGGACAUGAAAUGCAACAAGGAUGUGCGAUUUGUUAUGCUUUUUUAUAAAAAAAUGAAGAGAAAAAAAAAACAAGAAAAAAAUAAUAUCCACGCCCCCCCCCUCCCGGCCCGAGGGGCCAUCCUUGGCUUUAUUGUCUCAGAUUUUAUACCGUGGACUCAUUGGAAGAAAGUGGGGGGAGUAGAAUAGGGGGUGAGGGGGUGCCUGGUGUGUGCUAAUAUGCUCCAUUCCCCCUCCCCUCCCCAUCCCUUCGGAAAAGAAUCAGCGAGUAUGAGUGAAUCUUGGUCCCAGAUCUUUUCUAUAGUUUUGUACGUGUGUCUCCAUGUUCUGUCUUUCCGGGGUUCGGUGCCUCUACAUGGAUGGCUUUCCUUAGGGUGCCCUGUCCCCGGCUCUGCUCUCCCACCUUGGCCCACCCAGGUUGGGGAUUUUACGAUCUUUAUCCUGCUCCCCUUUGCCUUGAGGCAGGGGCCAGCAACUUGUGGCUCUGGAGCCGCAUGUGGCUCUUUCAUCCCUCUGCUGCGGCUCCCUGUCGCUCAAAAUACCGUGUCACAACCGCCAAUGUGCGACACUCGCCAGCACGCGAUGGAUUGAGCUUUCCGAUGCCCAGUAGGCCAAUCAUGGAUAAAAUCCAAGAAAAGAAAAAUUUCAGAAGAAAACAGAAGGUUGAAUUCAAAUAUAUUAGUUUUGUGGGCGCUCAGGAAAUAGUGGGAACAGUUUUGUGGCUCCUGGUGUUUCCUUUUUUUUGUGGGGAAAAAGGUCCAAAUGGCUCUUUGAGUGUUAAAUGUUGCCAACC